AUGGACCCAAUUAAGUAUAUUUUCGAAAAGCCUGCUCUCAUUGGCAGAUUGGCUUUGUGGAAAAUGUUGCUAUCAGAAUAUGAUAUAGUCUAUGUGAUUCAAAAAGCCGUUAAGGGAAGUUCUUUAGCAAAAUAUCUGGCUCAACAGCCCAUUGAAGAUUAUCAAUCUAUGCAACCUGACUUCCCAAAUGAGGACAUUCUUGCCCUAUUUGGUGAAAAGGAAGGUGGCCAUCAUGAAAAGGCUUGGAUAUUACUGUUUGAUGGAGCAUAUAAUGCACUUGGACAUGGAAUAGGGGCAAUGCUCAUUUUGCCAGAGAAUCAUUACAUUUCGAUGACAACAAGGUUGUGCUUUAGUUGUACCAAUAAUGUUGCAGAAUACGAAGCAUACACUAUGAGUAUUUUGGCAGCUAUCAAGUCGAAGGUGAAGGUGUUGAAAGUCUAUGGUGACUCGACAUUGGUGGUUCAUCAAUUAAAAGGGGAAUGGGAGACUAGAGACCAAAAGUUAAUCCCUUAUCAAACAUACAUUAAAGGAUUGAUGGAGCCUUUCGAUUCCAUUGAGUUCCAUCACAUUCCAUGA